AAUCAUUAAUUAUGAAAAGUAUGAUGAGACAUUGCCUUAAACCGAUCUUUCUUCUUAUAAUUAUGAUGGCUUCUUUAGCUCAAUUCUUGGAGUGCCAUAAGAUUAUAGUAAUCUUGGAAUCCCCUGCUCCUCAGCCAUCUGCAGCUAGUUUCGAUAUGUCUGGUUCAAAACCAGCUGGUCGCCUUCAUCCACAAGAGUGCAUGGGGAAGUGCAGUGAGAGGUGUUCAAAGACGCAGUACAAGAAGGCGUGCAUGUUCUUCUGCCAAAAGUGUUGCGCCAAGUGCCUGUGCGUUCCCCCUGGAACCUAUGGAAACAAGCAGUUCUGCCCUUGCUACAACAAUUGGAAGACCAAAAGGGGAGGCCCCAAGUGUCCUUAACUAACUUUUUUAUUACUCAAAUAUUUAGGGACGGAGAGAGUACUAGUGUAUGUACUUUUGAAAUCUACCUCUCAUAUUUUUCUUCCUUAUUCCGCUUGAUAUAUAUACACUCCGGGGUAACUUUUAAUAAAGUAAAAUGUCUCUCAAUUC